AUGGUCCGGUUACCGUUACCCCAGCGGCUCAGCUCGCACUUGACCGCGAGGAGCGCAAGCUCGACUCCGGGCCAGAGCAGAAGUACCAGUCCAAUGCGCUCAGUGGAUUCAAAACCAUUACUGAUCAAGGUGACUGUGGUCAAGGGUCGGAAUCUUGCGGCGAAAGAUCGACGUGGCACAAGCGACCCGUACUUGGUGGUCACAUUGGGCGACGCGAGACAAUCGACCCCUACGAUAUCGAAGACAUUGAACCCGGAAUGGAACGUUUCCUUCGAAAUGCCCAUCAUGGGCGUCCCUCUACUGGAAUUCAUCUGUUGGGACCAUGACCGCUUUGGCAAGGAUUACAUGGGUGAAUUCGACAUUGCAUUGGAGGACAUAUUUACAAACGGUCAGGUCAAUCAGGAGCCCACAUGGUACACACUCAACUCAAAACGGGUAUCCAACCGGCCCAACCGCAAAAUGAAGAAGAAGGAGAAGAAGGAUAGCAAUGUCUCCGGUGAAAUCCUGCUCCAGUUUUCGCUGUCAGACUCGGCCAAUCCGAACGCCUCGCCCACCGAGACGUAUCGAAAGUUCAAGAGUCUGGUCUGCGCGAGUGACGAGGAUGACCAGUCGCCCGACGACCAACUCCCGCAACUUGACCUCGACGAGCUUGAGCAAGAGACUUCUGAUGAGACGGAUGAUCUAUCGAAACCCGAGGUUGUUGAGAAGCGCCGCCGUCGCCUGAGGUUGGCUCGCCUGAGACGCAAGUCCCUAGCUGCCCGCGCAUAUCAAUUUUCAGGCUCGGGAACUGGGGUCCAAGGCAUUCUGUUUAUGGAAAUUGUGCGAGUACGAGAUUUGCCUCCUGAACGCAAUGUAACUCGCACAUCAUUCGAUAUGGACCCCUUCGUCGUGACAUCUCUGGGACGUAAGACGCUCAGGACGCCCGUCAUCAGACACAACUUAAACCCGGUCUAUCAUGAGAAGAUGGUUUUCCAGGUAAUGAAACACGAGCAGACCUAUACCAUCAGCUUCACCGUGAUGGACCGAGACAAGUUCUCGGGCAAUGACUUUGUCGCCUCGGCCAGCUUCCCUUUGCAGAAACUCAUCCAGUCAGCCCCAGAGGCGGACCUGGAGUCGGGUUUGUAUCAUUUUGUAGAAUUGGAUCCCCCCAGUCCGACCAAGUCCAGUCCCCGUUUUGCCGUCAGCCCAUCGCCCUCGUCCCAAAGUCUCUCCAAGAUGGGCAGACCCCCACUAAAGUCCCGCGGCUCCGCAAAUUCAGUGUCAUCCCAAACGGUGCUCGAAACUCCCAACCGACUCCCGCCUACAUCCGUUCCCGAAGAGAGUGGCUCUGAAAUGGAUAGCAGCAGCUCUACCCUGCCGGUUCCGCCGGCUUCAAUGACGAAUUCGACAACGACUGACAGUAGCGACUCAGUCCCUCCAGCAGACGAGGAGGGCUUGCGCGAGUACAAAAUCCCCCUGAUCCUCAAGAACCGAGACCGAUGGGAAGACAAGCACUCGCCCGAGUUGUUCGUCAAAGCCAAGUAUCUGCCGUACAGCGCGUUGCGCCAGCAAUUCUGGAGACUGAUGCUGAAGCAAUAUGACGCGGACGACAGCGGCCGCAUUGACAAGGUCGAGAUGACCACGAUGCUCGACACUCUUGGAUCCACCCUUAAGGAAUCCACGAUUGAUGGUUUCUUCAAACGCUUCAGUAACGAGACUGAAUCCGAAGUGGCCGAUUUGACCUUUGACCAGUGCGUGAUUUGCUUGGAAGACACCCUUCGAUACCUUCAGAAAAAGAACUCGGUGCCCGGUAUGCCCGCAAUACCAGUCCCACGGAGACCAGGUCUCGGGCCAUCACCCGUCGGAAGCCAAGAAAGUGAGGAGCCAUCCAGCGACGAGGAUCUCGUUAUAGACACCAGUACCCGCCCACCGUCCAAUGCUAAUCUCCAGGAAACAGCGGUCCCGACCAUAAGCAGUGACGAACAGCCCAGUUCCAACGACGAGGAACUGCAACCCGGCGAUCUUGGUGAUGAGCGCGGUGAGGAGCACGUCGUUGAGGUCCGCGAGUGUCCGCUUUGCCAUCAGCCUCGCCUCGCCAAACGAUCUGAUGCGGAUAUCAUCACUCACAUUGCGACGUGCGCCAGCCACGACUGGCGUCAGGUUGAUAACUUGGUCAUGGGCGGCUUUGUGACAUCCAGCCAGGCACAACGCAAGUGGUAUUCCAAGGUCAUCACAAAGAUCUCGUACGGUGGGUAUCGACUCGGAGCAAACUCGGCCAAUAUUCUUAUCCAGGACCGGAUUACUGGUCAAAUCAAUGAGGAGCGCAUGAGUGUGUAUGUCCGUCUUGGAAUUCGGUUGUUAUACAAGGGUCUCAAGAGCAAGGAAAUGGAGAAGAAGCGAAUUCGUCGCGUCCUGCGUUCACUGAGCAUCAAGCAAGGCCGCAAGUAUGACGAUCCGGCUUCUGCCAGCCAGAUUCGGGACUUCAUCAACUUCCACCAAUUAGACAUGUCCGAGGUCCUUUUGCCUAUUGAGAAAUUCCGUAACUUCAACGAAUUCUUCUACCGCGCUCUGAAGCCGGACGCACGCCCGUGCUCGGCUCCUAAUGAGCCAAAGAUUGUUGUGUCGCCUGCCGAUUGUCGGUCUGUCGUCUUUGAUCGCAUGAGCGAUGCCACCAGCAUCUGGGUAAAGGGCCGUGAGUUCUCGGUUGAAAGAUUGCUGGGCAAUGCCUACCCUGAAGAUGCGGCGCGGUACAAAAACGGCGCGUUGGGCGUGUUCCGACUAGCACCGCAGGAUUAUCACCGUUUCCAUAUUCCCGUGGAUGGCGUGAUGGGGGAGCCCAAGACCAUCGAAGGCGAGUAUUACACCGUCAACCCGAUGGCCAUUCGUUCGGCGUUGGAUGUUUACGGUGAGAACGUCCGCAUUCUCGUUCCCAUUGAUUCUGUUGCCCAUGGUCGUGUCAUGGUCAUCUGUGUGGGAGCCAUGAUGGUCGGCAGCACGAUCAUCACCCGCAAGGCGGGCGAAAAGGUUUCUCGAGCCGAGGAGCUGGGAUACUUCAAGUUCGGCGGUAGCACGCUUCUCGUCUUGUUCGAAGAAGGAAUGAUCAACUUCGAUUCGGACCUUGUGGAUAACUCCAAGGGUGCAUUGGAGACAUUGAUCCGCGUGGGCAUGUCAGUAGGCCACAGUCCCGACAUCCCCCAGCAUGAACCGGAUAUGCCAAAGAAGGCAGAGAAUGUCACAGCCGAAGAGAUGCAAGACGCCAGGCGCCGCAUCGAGGGCAGCCUAGCGCCUCCAGCUGACCCAAAAACGCUAAUGAGUACCUUGCAUUGA